AUGGCGUAUCUAAUCCUAUAUGUCGAUGACAUCAUCGUGACGGCUUCCACUACAAUGCUACGCGACACGAUCAUUCAAGUUCUGAAGUCCGAGUUUCCCAUGACAGACUUAGGCAGAAUAAGUUCUUUUCUUGGCAUAUCUGUGAAGUUCAACGACAAAGGCCUCUUCUUGAAUCAAUCCACUUACGCAGACGAUAUCAUCAAACGCGCAGGCAUGGCUGAAUGCAAACCAUGCACGACUCCAGUGGAUCUUAAGUCCAAGCUUGCAGACGACGACGGCAAACCAGUCGCGAACGCAACCGAGUAUCGCAGCUUGGCAGGGGCGUUGCAGUAUCUCACCUUCACUCGCCCAGACAUCACUUACGCGGUACAGUAG